AAGUCGCAAGUUUCUUGUACUUUUCAAUUCUAUUUGAGCAUUUUGCGAUCAGUUGCGUUGCUUUAUAUACGAUGCAAAAUAUAAUUUGCAAUUUAUUAUCUUUUGGGUUGUUCUUUGCAGCCUUUGUCCAUGGCAGGAGUCUUAUUGAUAAAAAGAAGGAGCUGAUUAUUGAACCGGUGGUAGGACCGUUUAAACAUAGCGAAGGACCUCAUUGGGAUCACCAUACACAGAAGCUAUAUUUUGUUGAUAUAGUGGCCCAAAAAAUAUGUAGGUUCAGUCCUAUCUCCAAACAUGUUGCCUGCAUUUACAUAGACAAAGGCCCAGUUGGAGUAGCUGUUCCUGUUGAAGGAGAACCUGAUAAACUUGUAGCUGGCGUAGCAACAAAGUUUGUUCUAGUUAAUUGGGAUGGUCAGAAAAACUAUAUAAAAUCUCCUCUUGAAACAUUAGCUGUGGUUGAUACUGAUCGCAAUGGUACCAGAUGGAACGAUGGCAAAGUUGAUUCUUCUGGAAGAUUCUGGGGUGGUACUAUUGGACCAGAGGUGAACGAUGUUGUUGUACCUGAACAAGCGGCAUUUUACAGAAUUGACUCUGAGCUGAAACCAAAGAAAGAAUUAACUGUUACCAACAGUAAUGGAUUAGCUUGGAAUCUCCAGGAUGAUACACUUUAUUACAUUGAUACACCUACUCGUCAAGUGGCAGCAUUCGACUUUGAGCCUAUCAGUGGAACCAUAUCUAAUAAAAGAAUUGUAUUUGAUUUACAAAAACAUAAUAUUUCUGGGUUACCUGAUGGUAUGACUAUAGAUACAAAUGGAAAUCUUUGGAUAGCUCUAUACAACGGGGGUGGUGUAAUCAACGUAGAUCCUCGCAAUGGCAAAGUAAUCCGUUUUGUGAAACUUCCUGUUUCAAAAGUAACUAGUGCAAUGUUUGGAGGUCCAAAUUUGGAUGUUUUAUAUGUGACAACAUCCUCACGUGGCUUAAAUCUAGAAGAAAAGAUUAAACAACCAUAUGCUGGUUAUGUUUUUGCUGUACAUGGCUUAGGAGUACAUGGUUUUACUGCAAAUUCAUUUAAACUUUGGAAGAUGUCACAAGUAACUGUUAAGCCACUGGCAGGGCCCUAUGAGCUUGGUGAAGGGCCCCAUUGGGAGCAUGUUUCACAAAAGCUCUAUUUCGUUGAUAUAUUUGCUCAGAAAAUUUACAGAUUCGAUCCCGUAACCCAGACUAUUACAUCUGCUUUUCUAGAGAACGGACCUGUUUCUUUUGUCAUACCUGUUGCUGGUACUACUAACAAAUUUCUGUCAAGUACCGGUACAGACAUUGUUCUACUUUCUUGGGACGGAGAAAAGAAUCUUACAAAAUGUGCAACUCAAACGCUGUGUACUGCAGACAGCAGCCGCACAGAAACUAGAUGGAACGAUGGAAAAACAGAUGCUGCUGGAAGAUUCUGGGGUGGAACAAUGGGUUUUGCGAAGGAUGGAGUUUUUCCAGCAAAUGUAGGAUCCCUUUAUGUUAUGAAUAAUAAUCUUGCACUAAAGAAAGAAGUGACUCCUGUAACUAUAAGUAACGGAUUAGCUUGGUCCUCUAAUAACGAUACAAUGUAUUACAUUGAUUCACCCACCCGUCAAGUAGUAGCAUACGAUUACAACUUCCAAACAGGAGCUAUAUCUAACAAGAGGGUUGUGUUUGACCUUCAAAAGAAUAACAUCUCUGGGAUUCCAGAUGGCAUGACUAUUGAUACAGAUGGAAAUCUUUGGGUAGCUCUGUUUGGUGGAGGUGGUGUGAUUCAAAUAAAUCCAAAAACAAGUGAAUUGUUGCGCUUCAUCAAGAUUAAUGGUGCCAAGAACAUAACCAGCGUCGCAUUUGGUGGUCCUGAAUUUGAUACUUUAUACGUAACAUCAGCAACCAUUGAAUUAAAGGAGAAUGAACUGAAAGAGCAACCAUAUGCUGGUUACUUAUUUUCUAUAACAGGCUUAGGUGUACGUGGUUCACCUGCAAGUUCAUUCAAACUACCACAUAAAUUAACAUAGAUACACGUAUAAAUGUUCAACAUAUGUACAGAUAUAUAAAACAUAUUUUGUUAACAUUCAAUUGUUAGAAUAAUGAAUGACAAAAUGUAUAAAUUACACAUAUA